GACCAAGAGUACGCUGCACCGGCUUCCUCCCCUGACUUGGAGGCGAGUCUUGAAGUCCUCAUGCGCGGGGAUCCUUACACCGGGAGGGUCUUCCACUAUGGCAGCUGGGUCUGGAGGGUCGAGUCGGGUGGUGAGGGUACCUCCCCGGCCCAUGAAGCAGCGGGGCGCGGGGUACCCUCCCCGGGCAACACUGCAGAGGCCGAGGGCCAGAACCACCCAGACAUGGAGUUUGAAGAGUUCGCUAUCCCCGAGGACCAAACAGCGGGGGAGACCGGGGGCUCCCAAACCAACACUGCCAGGACCUUCCCGGUCAAUCCCGAGACCGUGGAAAUCCUAGACGAAGAGGAGCCCCAAGAAGACCGGUCUAAGGGGAAGGAGAAGGAGAAGGCCGGUCGCCGGGUGAAGAAGGUGGCCACCACGCACCCUUCCUAUGCCAGGAAGAGGGCAAGGUCAGACCCUGAGCCGGCCUCCCAGACCAUUGAAGAGGCUUUUGUCAACCUGGGCCUGAGGCGGAAGGAGAAAGGGGAAAUCGGGCCCCAUGCAGUUGAACAGCUGGGGAUGGGAUAUCCUUCGGAGAUUGCCCGGCUAAGGAAGGAAAAAGAGGAGAUGAACCUGAUUUUGAAGAAUCAGGCAGAUGAGCUGAUCCGUCUGUCUAGUAUGGCCGGGACAAUGAAGGCGGAGAUCUACCAGCUGAAGGAGGAGAACGGCCGGCUUAUGGAUGAAGUUUCUGAGGCCAAGAGGGAAAUGGCGGAGAAGGAAGAAACCUUCCCCGGGCGCGCAGCCGCCUGGGUUGAAGAGAACAAAGCCGAUGCUGCCCGGGUGAUGACGGCGACGCCGGAGGCAACCAUGGAAUCCUUCAAGUUCCUAUACUGGGAACCUGAAGGGAGAAAAAUGAUCACUGCCAUCGGAUCCUUUGGGUUCAAGAGUGGUCAGAAAAAGGACCGGAUUGCCUCUCACCGGGUACUACUCAAAAGAGACCCGGGCUUCAGUGCUGCAUCCUACGGCUUGGCCCCCAUUCCUGAGGAAGAGCCCACUCCCCCUUUCCCUCUUGAGUAAAACUCCCCGGCUCGGACCGGUUGUUUUGUAAACUGGAAACUUCCUUCAUUUCCCCGGGAAUGCCCGGUGUAGCUGUAAAACACUUAACAUUCCU